AUGUCCAGAUUCAUCAGAGGCUCUCUCAGUGGUUUCGCUGUUGCUGCCGCAGCCAGCUACAGCUUUAGUAGUGCUAUUGGUGCACGCACUGACUCUAUUUCUGCCGAACUCGCGGAAAUACGCGAUUUCUAUGGCACACACGCACCCCAACCUGACUCUCCCUCUCACAAGAAAGCCUACGUCAAAUCCCCAGAUGCAUCUCUCGCUGAGCUCAUCGCGACCAAGUGGAACGACCACAUCCUCUCCCUAGUAGCCAGUGCCAGGAGGUUCGACUACUAUGAGGCGGGUGACACGAUGCUCAACUGGGCUGUCCAGAGUAUCCGCGGUGGUAGUCCUAGCCAGGUAGACAAGGUAGACAGCACACUCAACACACCCACACACACCAGUACACCGCAGAAACUUGUAUAA